AUGGCGGAAAAACUCGAAAAACCUUUUCUUGAUGAUGAAAUAAAGGAAGCGGUGUGGAGUUGUGUGGGUGACAAAUGUCCGGGACCGGAUGCAGAAGGCCUAUCGGGGUUGGUGAGGAAAUCUAUAGAAAUUGGGGAAUUUGAGAGUUUUUGCAUAAAGAGCUCUUGUUGGGUGGACAUUCUUCAAUUUGCGGACGACACUUUAUUGAUGGGGGAAGGGACGUGGAAGCAUGUCAAGGCCAUUAAAGGGGUGCUAAGAGCGUUUGAGAUUGUGUCGGGUCUUGGUAUUAACUAUCAUAAAAGAAAAUUAAUUGGUAUUAAUACUAAGAAUUCUUUUAUGGAAGCCGCAACUCUUUUUCUAUCUUGCAAAGUGGAGGAAAGUAAUUUUUAUUUUCUUGGUAUUCCCAUUGGUUUCGAUCCAAGGAAGGAAUCGACAUGGAAGCCUUUAGUGUUGAAGUUAAAGAAGCGUUUAGGGAGUUGGAAAAACCGUUUUCUUAACUUGGGAGGUAUAGUUACGCUUUUGAAGUUCAUCCUCACAUCGUUGACUAUUUUCACCAUGUCUUUUUACAAGAUGCCCUUGAAAGUGGUGAAAGAAGUUAAUAGGAUUCAAAAGAAUUUCUUAUGGGGUGGUAUGGAGGAAAGAAGAAAGAUACAUUAG